GAUAACGUUAAUAUACGAAUAAAAGCGGCCACUCCUACCACCGUUGCGUCGAUCUCUCUUCCGAAGAAACCAUGAGGCCAAGUUUCUCCGUUUUCCCGGCUCUGUGCCUUCUCUUGGCCUCAGGGUCCCUCGCCGACAAGUGUGUUAUGCGUAGCCAUUGCGGUCAUGACGACAGUCUCGACAAACCUGUGCCUUGUAAGGUCAGUGAAAAACCGAAAUCCCUGGCUCAGUCUGACAGACAACUCUUCGAGGAAGUCUGCCCGGACCUUGCAGCAACGACAGACCUCGCCUGCUGCGACGUUGAACAGCUGCGCGCCCUUAAAGCUGACUUACAGCAACCGAUCGACAUUGGUAUGAAGCACUAUCCCAGCUGCCUCCGAAACUUCAGAAAUAUAUUUUGCCAUUUGUUGUGUUCACCGAAGCAGUCUGACUUCGUGAAAGUGGUCGAUUCGAAAGACAGCAGGGAAGGUAAGCCGGAAGUGACGAAAGCAGUUUACGCUCUGAGUAGAAAGUUCACGGAGGGAGCUUAUAAGUCGUGCGAAAAUGUGAGAGUAAAGGGGAUCUUCAAGUUGAUGACCUUCAUGUGCGGAUGGUGGUGCGAUUCUCAGAAGUGGUUCACGUACUUGGGUUCCACGGCAUCGGAAGGAGGAUAUUCUCCCUACAAGCUGGAGUUCAAGAUUACCAAUGAUGAAACGGUCGAGGUCGAUGGGACGGAGUUGCGACCCAUGAACGCCGAUGUCAUUUGAUGGACUUGAGAUCGUGGAGAGGUUUGGAGACCUAAACGAGAAUUGUUCUUUUUGUGGCGGUUUGAUAGCCUGUAUGGAAUAAAUACAAAAUAUUGAAUAACUUUA